AUCUUCCCCAGCAGCCACCCUCCGUGAGUGGUUUUCACCCAUUAAUUUCUCUAAUUGCUUUUGGGAAUCGCAGCAGUGUUUGGCAUUGGCAGCAUCCCAGUGAGGUGCUGAACUGGGCUGGGGUCAGUGCUAUGCCUCGGGGGUGGCUCACAUGGAUCCCCCUGAUCGCUUCUCACCACCCUAAAUCCAAACUCCUGCCCAGUGGGUCAAGGGAUCCUGCUCCCCUCGGGGAAAGCAUCUUUCCACUUGGAAAAAACACAAGAGUCGCAGUGAUACGGUGGGGUAGCAAAGGCUCAGGGCCACCCACAGGCCAUCUGUCCCUUGCAAUGUCACCGCUGUCCCUCCCAGGUCAGCCACCAUGGGCUCGGUGGGAGCUGAGCGCUUCAAGGAGCUGAGCCCGGCGGGGACACCGGAGGGCAAUGUGGUGAUGAGCUUCAGCUUCGACAGUUAUCAGCUGGAGGAGGACGAGCUGCAGCGGGGCAGCCAGGCCAAGGGCAUCCUCACCUUCAUGGAGCCAGUUUCUGAUGAUCCUGAGCCCCAGGAUCGGUACCAUGGGAUUUACUUUGCCAUGCUGCUGGCCGGGGUGGGAUUCCUCCUGCCAUACAACAGCUUUAUCACAGAUGUGGACUACCUGCACCAUAAAUACCCUGGGACCUCCAUCGUCUUUGACAUGAGCCUCACCUACAUCCUGGUGGCCUUAGUGGCCGUCAUCCUCAACAACGCACUGGUGGAGCUGCUGAGCCUGCACACCCGGAUCUCUGUGGGCUAUCUCUUCGCCCUGGGGCCCCUGCUCUUCGUCAGUAUCUGCGAUGUCUGGCUGGAGCUCUUCACCCGCAGGCAAGCCUACGCCAUCAACCUGGUCGCUGUCGGGGUGGUGGCCUUUGGCUGCACAGUGCAGCAAUCCAGCUUCUACGGCUACACAGGUCUGCUGCCCAAGCGCUACACGCAGGGAGUGAUGACGGGCGAGAGCACUGCUGGGGUCAUCAUCUCGCUCAGCCGUAUCUUCACCAAGCUGCUGCUGUCAGAUGAGAAGGAAAACACGGUCAUCUUCUUUUUCAUCUCCAUCGGCAUGGAGCUGACAUGCUUCAUCCUCCACCUCCUGGUGAAGCGCACCCGCUUCGUCCGCUACUACACAGCCUGCUCCCGCAAGGGCCUCCCCGAGAGCCGGGGGGCCAGCGACCGUGGGACGGGCUACCGCGUCCACCACGAUGUCACCGCUGAGGAUGUCCGAUUUGAGAACCGGCAGCGGGGACAGCCAAGCUCCCCCCGGGACAGCCCAGGCCCCGAAGCUGAGCUGUCUGGAAGCGGCACAUACAUGCGCUUUGAUGUCCCUCGGCCCAAAAUCAAGAAGAGUUGGCCCAGCUUCAGAGACAUGCUGCUCCACCGCUACGUCGUGUCCCGGCUCAUCUGGGCCUACAUGCUCUCCAUCGCCAUGACCUACUUCAUCACUCUGUGCCUCUUUCCUGGGCUGGAGUCGGAGAUCCACAACUGCACACUGGGGGAAUGGCUCCCCAUCCUCAUCAUGGCCAUCUUCAACCUCUCCGACUUCGUCGGCAAGAUCCUGGCUGCCUUGCCCUACGACUGGAGAGGAACACACCUCCUCAUCUACUCCUGCCUCCGUGUGGUCUUCAUCCCCCUCUUCAUCAUGUGUGUCUACCCCAAUGGGAGACCAACCUUCAGCCACCCCGCCUGGCCCUGCAUCUUCUCCCUCCUCAUGGGCAUCACCAAUGGCUACUUCGGCAGCGUCCCCAUGAUCCUGGCCGCUGGCAAAGUGAGCCCUGAGCAGCGGGAGCUGGCAGGGAACACCAUGACCGUGUCCUACAUGACAGGCUUGACGUUGGGCUCUGCCGUGGCGUAUUUUGCCUACAGCCUCACCAGUACAUCCCACAGUACCUGUUUCUACACCGAAACCUCCAACGGCUCCUUUACGUCAGGGUACUGAGCCCCAGGGCGGGGCGAUGGGGACAAGAUGGGACCUGCAUCCCACCGUGGUCCCCACCGCCCUGCGUGGCCCAUGUCUCUCCUCGGGGAGGGAGCCUGGAGGCAGAAACCUAACCCAGGGCAGACAGGGACCAGCAUUCUGUUGGCACGGGGCCGUCACAUCCCAAAACGGCCUGUGCUGCCCAGCCAGGCACCGUGCAGGGCCCCUUCUUGGGGUGACAUUCCCCCAUGCUGGGGGACAGUCCUGUUGCUCUUGGGAGGGCUCCCCAUCAGAAAUGUGCAGCUCUCUAGUGGAGGCAGGGAAGGGGAGUCUUCUGUUUGAGCCAAGCCAUUGCCAGGAGGAAGAAAAUACUGCCAAAGCCCAAAGAGAACAGGACCAGCACUGGGGAGGAGGGUGAUGGAGGGCUGGUGCGGAAGAGGAGCAAGAGGAAGGAAACACUCCUCCAGUCCCUGGUGGCUCUGAGAAGGUGGGUCUCACUUUCACUGAUGGUGCUGCAGGUUUUCACCAAGAACAGCUUGAAAUCAUGAUCCCUCCCCAAAUACGCCAAUCGCUGUGUAAAAGACCCACUUCACUUCUGCUGGUUGGAAAAAAUCCACUUUUUUUGGUGUCUUGUUUUUGCCUCCCCCCCAACUAAUGGCGAGAGGUAGGGUCUUGCCUCCCCCCUCCCCAUGCUGUUGGGACUGCCCCACUGGGGCUGAGAGGGGGUCUUGAGGACACAAUACCACAGAUGCCACCCACAGGCCACCACUGAGCUUCAAGAUUUAUUUCAAGGGACAUAAAUGAAGCUGACGCCACAUUAAAUAUCUUUAUCCUUGGCACUGCAGGCAGUCGGGUUCUGGUGAUGGGCUGGGCUGGCAAACACAUAGAGGGUGAUGCCUGGUGCCUGCCCUGGGGGGUCUUGGGUUAUUCCUUGUCCUGCUGCCCAGCUCCAGGGUCCCCUCUGCCACCUGGACUUGUCACCAGGACCCAUCAAACCCCUUUGUGGGCAGCAAGUGGGAGAGGGAAUGGGCUGAGCAGAGCAGAAACCAUCUGGAGAAGGUGCUGAGGCCAGAGGCUGCUGCUUUUCGGGACACGAUGCACCUCACUGGGCCAGGAGUCAGCAGGUGCCACCUCCCAAGGAAGCAAAGUCCAAGGGCUGGAGGCUUGGCUCCCACCCCCGAACGGCCCCACCAGCACUGGAGGGUCUCACCAGGCCAAGCCCACACCAAAAAGAGCAAAUCCAGAGUUUCAUCCUCAAGACAUCAUCCCUGCAGUGCUCGGGGUAGGGGAGCUGCCGUGAGUGUGGUCACAGGGGAAGGACUCACAGCUCCUGCCCCACAGAGCUCUGCGGGUCCCAUUCUGCCCAUCGGUGCCAGCCCGCAGGGGCACGGACAGACAGACGGACAGGGUCCCCCCGAAAAGCCCUGUGGUGCCAGGGUUGGGUCUUUCACCAGACAGGAGGUAGAUGCUGAGUCAAAAAGCGAUCGUUGUCACCAAAGGGAGAAAAACCCCACAGUCAGGACAAGCGAGACAAAGAAAGAUGCUUCGUUGGGUUGCUUUUUUUCAAUUAUUUUUUUUUUUUUUAUGAAAAAAGAUCACACGGAGUUCUCCAACAAACAGAAUGCCAAAAAAAUUGUUUUAAACAAAACAUAAACAAAA